AUUCCAGAAAUAGAAGCAUAAGAUAUUUCAAGAACCCUCUAGAAACGAUAAAUAGCAAGUAACAAGUAGCUGCUGGUGUUCAGGGUUAAAUUGGUCACCUGCCGCGCGGCGCCAGCUACAGCUUAACAAUUUCAAAAAGAAUCAAGAUGGCCCUCUACUUCGAUUCAUGGGCGACUGAGAUGUUGGCUGUCCUGUCAACGCUUUUCAUGAUAAUGUAUGUAACGUUUAAAAUCAAUUACACCUACUGGAAGAAGAAAGGUCUGCCAUAUCUGGAGCCGUCUUUCCCACUGGGAAAUGGCUGGAACGCAAUACUAAUGAGGAAAAGCCCAGGCGAGGAUAUGAAAGACGUGUAUUUUGAAACAGAAGGCAAAGCAGUCGUCGGUAUUUACUCAUUAAACAAUCCUCUUCUCGUUGUGCGGGAUCCAGAACUGAUCAAAAUGAUCAUGGUGAGGGAUUUCAACUACUUUCCUGCCUGGGGCAUCUAUGUAGAUGAGGAGACAGACCACUUGUCGGCACACCUCUUCUUCCUCGGAGGAACCAAGUGGAAACCUCUGCGCCAGAAGCUGACGCCCACGUUCACGUCGGGAAAAAUGCGCGCCAUGUUCGGCAUAGUGCGCGACUGUGCACGCAUUCUCGCUGACGUCAUACCCUCGGGCAGAGAUGUGGAAGUCCGAGAGCUGAUCACCCGCUACUCCACUGACGUCAUCGCUUCCUGCGCCUUUGCCAUCGACGUUGACAGUCAGCACAAUCCCGAGGCGGAGUUUCGGCAGUGGGGGCGGCGCUUCUUCCAGACAUCCCUGCGCUCUUACCUGACUCUGUCUCUGGGAUUCUCUAAUCCCAAGCUGCGCACCCUGCUGCCUUUACCCUUCACACCGAAGGAUAUCACAGAGUAUUUCACGUGCGUUGUUGACGACACAGUCAAACACCGAGAGAAGACAGGCAUCAUUAGGAAGGACUUCAUGCAGUUGAUGAUUCAGUUGAGGAACAAUGGAUAUGUUGAUGACAGCUUCUCAAUCACAGGGAAGAAGGGUGCUGAACAUGGAAAUAAGACUCUGACGACCAAGGAGAUGGCAGCACAGGCGUGGGUGUUCUUCCUCGGGGGGUUCGAGACCUCUUCCACCACCGUAAGCUUCUGCCAGUACGAGCUCUUUAGACAUCCAGAUAUCCAGAAGAAACUGCAAGAAGAAGUUGAUGACGUAAUGAGAAAGACCAACGGUGAUGUGACGUAUGAUGAUAUAAUGACCAAGAUGCCAUACAUGGAAAAGGUGGUAAACGAAAGAAUAAUUCGGACAUUGAGACGAUCAGAAAAUUCUACUCUGUUAUCUACAUUGCUGUUCAUACCGAUGCAAACGCCUGUAUGA